AGCAUCUCCAGGAGGCCUCCUCUGGAUGUCCCAUCGAGGCUGCCCUUCUGCUACAACGCGGAAUUGGUGAUCCCCGAGCACGUGGACAUGGCUUUGCUCAGCAAUAUCCUAGCAGCCUAUUCCUUUGUCUCAGAAAAUCCCGAGCGAGCAGCUUUGUACUUUGUCUCUGGCGUGUGCAUCGGGCUGGUCCUCACCCUGGCUGCCUUGGUGAUGAGGAUCUCUUGCCACACAGACUGCCGGCAGCCUCCCCAGAAGAAGUUCCUGCAGGACCGAGAAAGCAGCAGCAACAGCAGCGACAGUGAGGAUGGCAGCUCGGACGCCGCCUCCGACAUCUCGAUCCGGAGACAUCGCCGCUUCGAGAGGACUUUGAACAAGAACGUCUUCACCUCAGCGGAAGAGCUGGAGCGCGCCCAGAGGCUGGAGGAGCGGGAACGCAUCAUCAGGGAAAUUUGGAUGAAUGGCCAGCCGGAAGUUCCCGGCACCAGAAGCCUGAACCGUUACUACUAGGGGCUGGGUCAGGACCCCCGCACCGCUGUUAGCCUCCUGGGAGACAAAGGGUCCCCCCAGGGAGGGUGGCCACAAAAAGCCCAACGCGGUUCUGCUAUUGCUAAGGGCCGCAGAGAGGAGCGGGACACCCCCAUUUUCUAGCCAGAAGGAUUGAUUUCACCCUUUUAGACUCAAUUUAUGGAGACGUAGAAAAACCAAGUUGUUUCAUCAACCUUUCCAGGUGCUGAAAACCCGCUCCGCUCCAACACUGUGGAUGGAGAUGCGAGAAAUGGAAUUGUGGUUUCUCUUGAUUUCUGAGGCUCUCGGGCGUUUUUUCAGACUUCACUGCGAUGUGUUAUUUCUUUGCAAAAGGAAACAUUAUUAUAGCCUGAGGGCUAGGAAGAGCAGGGUUAACCUAACACAGUAAAUGCAAUGUUCUAGAUGACUCCAUGCUAUGGAGGUGAUUUUUGAUCCAGAUAGCAUGAUCCGUGCUUAUUAUUUAAGGCUGAUUUUUAAAAAUCUUGUGUUGCAGUGGCAACCUCGUCCAUUUUAACUGGCACCUCAGGGAUUCAAAUCCUAUUUUUUAUUACAGUUCCCACUUCACUCAUGAAAAUGAACAUUGUAUUAUAGGAGAUGUGUCAGUGAACUCGGAAAAUGGCAAUAACCUCAAAGGAUGAAGAGUUUUAUUUUAAAUAUAAAGAACAUAUUAACAUGCACAUUCAAAAAUGCUGCACAAGAAUAAAAGCUGUGUUCCCCCCCCAUUGUUAUGACUAGAUAAUCAUGAUUUUAAACAUUUUGUUAAAAAAAAUGAAUUUGGAUUUCUAAGAAAAAAAUGGGAAUGGGAGGUGAGCAAUAAAGCCCAAAUUUUAGAUUGGGAUAAAAAAUAAAUAUUACCUAAGAUCUC